GGAACUUCUGAUUAAAACAAAGCGACUUAAAAGUAUCUGGCCUGCAUUCUAUCACCAGAUUAUGGAGUUGUGCUGUUAGCUGUCACUAGAGACCCCACGAUCUCUGGAACCAUUAAUUCUUGGAGACAUAAUUACGAUUUAAAGAUGGAAACGCCCAAACAAGAAAACGAAGCAUUCGCCGCCAUAUUAUAUGCCGAACCCGGUGCCCUCGGUUUGAUUGCAAACAUUAUGGCAGCGACUGUGGUAGCUGUGGAGAAUAUCCUCAAUGAAAAUGGUUCUCCUCCUGCUCUCAUCCUUUCUGGUGUCCAUCUCAUUGUUAUUGGAGGAUUUCUGCAAUUACUGGCCGGAUUUAUGUCUUAUCGACGUAACGAUCACUUGACAGGAUCUGCUUUCAUUGUCUUUGCCUCUCUUUGGACAAUUCAGGGUAUCAACCACAUAAUGAUGACUUCAUUGCCACAAACAGCAAUGCAGUACGGAGUUCUACCCGGAAUGAUUGGCUUCAUGGCUAUGUCUGUCAUACUCAGUAUGUGUGCAGCAACAGUAAACUAUAUCAUGCCUCCAGUUCUGGUUGCUAUCAUGAUAGCUUUAAUUUUCGAGGGCGUCGGUUUAUUUUUUCUCUGGGGCAGGCGUGUAGCUGCUGCAUUCGAAAUCAUUAUUGCUUUAUCUGGAAUUUACGGCGUUGUUGUAAUGACACUGAAAGGAGUAAGCCAAAGAUAUAUUUUACCUGGUUUUGGAAAUGCUCCCUACGACGUGCUCCUAGUUCGAACCAAAGCACCGAAAUCGAAACAAAACGAAAAAAAGAAAAACACUAAAUAUGCUGAACCAAUGGGGAUGGGGUUUAUCGGUAAUGUGGUUCCUGCCACAGUGCUCGCCUUUUAUCAUCUUGGUUUCUUCACAGAUUUUCGUCCAGCAAUUCCAAUGUUCUUAAGUAGUUUAUUUUGCCAACUAUGCGCGAGUUAUUAUUCGUUUCUACGCCAAGAUUUCUUCAAUGCAAUUUUAUACAUCAUUUACACAGUAUUCUGGACAUCAAAAGGCAUUACUGAACUUCUGGUAACGAUGGAUUUCGCUGGUAUAGAAACACUUCGCACUAAUUUCUAUGGACAGUGGGCUUUGUUAAUAAUUAUGCUGAUUUUGUUGGUAUGUUCCAUGUGCCAGACUAAGAUCCUUUAUUUAUACAACUUACUCUUCACUUUAAUGAUUAUUCUUUCUCUUGAUCACAUACCGAUACCCGUUUACAACUUCACGUUCGGAGUUCCUUGCUGUUUAAUUGCCAUUUUCAGUCUUUUUAUGUCUACUUCUUAUCUGAUUAACUCGAUUGCCGAAAAAACUGUCCUCUACGUUGGUGCAGAGGUCUGUGACGUCGAAAAGCUGCGUCGCCUUUUCGAGAGACUAACAGCUUGCACAAGGAGUGUUGGUGCCAAAGUAAAGUAUUAUGAUGAAAGUCUUGCUCCCGACGAAGUUGUCGAAACACUUUGCUUUCUUGGCAACAGUAUCUCGUGCAUAUGCAUUUCUUCCUUAGAAAUUACACACGGCACUGAAUGCUUACCAUGGUUACUCGUCACUGGAGUGGCGCUUUCGCUCUAUGUUGCUAGAUGUUCAUAUACUUGUGGAAGUUUAUCAAAAACUUAUAUGCUAUUCGUGUACACAUUUUAUUGGAUUUGUUGGUCAAUAUAUUUAAUAAAUCCAUCUUUGGCUUUUGUUCUCCGGCCAGCAUCUCUCGCUGUAAUCACUCUACAUACUCUGGGUAUGUUCUUCGUUAUGUCAUUCCAUAAGAUAUGGAUCCCGUUUACUCUGUUCUUUGAACUCAACAUGAUAGCUUUCGUGAUCAGAUGUUUUGCUGUUAACCAGCCAUGGAUGAACUUCGUCACAGCUUUACUAGCAGGAAUUGUCUCACUCUAUGGAACCUUUGCUGGAAUGACAAAUGGAACGUUACAAGGUCAUCUUGUACCUUUGGGAGAUCCUAUAUUAAAAGCUAGCCAGCCACCGGCUAGAUUAACCAAGUUAUGUCCAACAUUUACCUCAAAACGAACUUCUGCUAUACUGAAAGCCGCCAAAAUAUUAACUGAUGGAGGAAUAGUCGGUGUACCAACCGAUACAGUAUAUGCACUAGCAGCUUCUUGUAGGUUACCAAAUUCUAUUAAAAACAUCUACACAGUCAAAGAACGACCGUCUGAAAAACCAAUUUGCAUUUGUUUGUCAAAUCUAAAGCAACUGGAGGAAGCGAAACCCGAUUUCUGCGAUCUUCUUUGGGCCUUUAUGCGCUUGUGCUACCCUGGUAAAAUAAGUUGUGUGGUACCAAAAGGCGAAUGGUUGCUAAAUCUAGGACUUGGUGAUGCUACGGAGUAUAUAGGAAACAAAGAAAGUGUUUGUAUUCGGAUUCCUGACUCUUCGAUUUUGGCUUAUCUCACACAACUGACGGGUCCCGUCGCUUUGAGUUCGGCUAACCCAAGUGGCGGAGAAGACAGUAUACAUCAUGAAAUGGUUCUUGAAAGUCUAGGCCACAAAAUUGAUGGAAUGAUCUGUGAUGGAGAAUCUCGAGAAACUGCUCCGUCAACAGUUGUAAACUGUUUAAACAUCAGCAAAGGUGAAAUUUCAUUCUUCAGAAUUGGAUGUGCACCACAAGACCAUGUUGAAAAUCUGUUUGAAGAAGCCAAGAAAGAAGUCAAUUUUAAACCACAAAUUAUUGUGGAAAAGAAUCUCAACUGAGCAUCAAAUAAUUUAAGUUUCUGAAAGAAAAUAACAUCCAGGAUUUAAUAAAUCUUCCAUUUUCGAAAAUUUCGGUAAAAUAAUGUUUUUUUUUUAAUUAGGGAAGAUUUCCAUUAAGAAUCCGAACAUGAAACUGUUGCAACACAGUAACGCCAUACUUGUCCAAUUUUGUAAGCAGGGAUUUAAGUCUUCGUUUUCUUUUUAAAUUUAUCUAUUUUCAUUUUCCCUCUACAUCUAGAUUACUAUUUCCAGUCAACAAGCAAGCGGUCAUUCAGCUUGCCACAAUGGCAGCUCAAUUUCCUACCCUAGAUUCUUAAAAACUGUGGAUACACAACUAAUCCAGCAAUCCCAUUCAAGCCUUACAUUAACCGUUUAUUCUCUUGAUAUCACCCUAAAUAAAAUAUACAAAAUCAAACACAAACUAAAAUGAAAAUGUAACAUUUACCAGCUGAAAGAUUAAGUCAAGAACAGCAAAGAUCCAAUCAACAAACAUAAAAAUUAAUUAAUUACAUCAGCUGGAUGUUCCACAAUCUAUAUCACUAUUUAAAUUUUAUCUAUGUCAAAGUAAACACUUUCUCAUGCAUAUUUAUUUCUGAAGUAGUUUGGAAUUUCUGGACUAUUUACCUCAUGCUUCAUAUUGUAUAUUAUAGAAAAUGACCAGAGAAUAGAACUAAAACAUUAGGACAAUAUAGAAAUGCAAAGAAUGAGGUAAAUAGUUUGAAAAUUUCAAACCUCCCAGACUUUUCCAUUAAAUAUCAAGAAUAAUUUUUAAUUGCAUUGAUACUAAAUUUACAUUUUUUUUUUUGUGGUAUCACAGAACUUUGGUCAUUAAAAUAAAAACUAUUAGACAUAAGUCACAGCAUUUGGAAUCUUUAUUUUACUUUAAACCACAUAAACAGGUUCAAGUUACUCCAUUAGUUUAAUACUGUUUUCUUCUGAAUGAACAUCCUGUAAAUAAAGAAAAAAAAGUUUUGUUUAGGUAAUAUGAAAACCA